AUGAUUCCCUUGGAGCCGUCCUUACUCUCUCACCUAGUCCCCUUUGUCUCCGGCCCCGCAACUGGCAACAUGGCUAAACGUACCAAGAAGGUCGGAAUUGUUGGUAAAUAUGGAACACGUUAUGGUGCAUCCCUCAGAAAAAUGGUGAAGAAAAUUGAAAUUAGCCAGCAUGCCAAGUAUACCUGCUCCUUCUGUGGCAAGACUAAAAUGAAGAGACGGGCUAUGGGUAUCUGGCAUUGUGGCUCCUGUAUGAAGACAGUAGCUGGUGGUGCAUGGACCUACAAUACCACCUCUGCAGUCACAGUCAAAUCUGACAUCAGAAGACUGAAGGGCUUGAAAGACCAGUAA